UAUUUAUAUGGUGAAAUAAACAAAAAAGAUUAGACAUAGAAGCAAAAAAUAUGAUAAAAUAUCAUAAGAGGAAAGAAUUUAAAUAGUAAAAAUGAAAGAAAAUGGUUCAACUUGCAGAGAGAUAAGUGAAUUAAUGAAAAAAAAUAUUAAAACUAUAUAAUCUAUAAAAUCAAUCGAGAAAAAAUCAGAAUAUGCUGAUUUGAAAAAAGCUUUGAUUGAUUUUGGAUUUCAAAAAAUAAUGGAAAUGUCAUCAUUAGAUGUAUAAUGAAUUGAUUAAUUUUAGAAAACAAAUUCUAAAAUAAUUGGGAAACGAGUGAGUAAAAUUAUUAGAGAGCAACUAGAGUUGAAAACAUCAAUUUUUUGGAAUCUUAUUCCAGAAUAAAAAAAGUUCUCUAAUAAAAGAAGAAUUAUAUAAUAAAUUGUGAUAAAUAUAGUAAAGUAAGUUUAAAAUGCAAUUCAAAAAAGUAAUGAAAGUCUUUAAAAAACAACAACAAUCAUUACGAAGGAAGAGUUUGAGGAAAAAAAAGAAGAAAUUCAAAGUAAUAUAAAGGAAUAAUCAAUGCCUUUGCAUUUAGCUAAAUAUUGUUAUCUGAUGUCUUUAUUAAUUCCAUAAAAAAUAUGUAGAUAUUUAUAAAAUGAUUAAUAUGAAUAAUUAACUAAAAAUUAUUUUUGA